AAUGUGCACGGGUGCUUUGCAGCUCCCCCUUGCUGCGUGCAUCGUGAUCUCGCAGAUGCAGAGGCUCUUGCAAAAGAAGGGUCGCCUUCUGUCAUUGCAAAAAAGAGAACUGAUAAAAAUUCUGAAAUAUUUGGAUAACACGCGAACACCCUGGUGACCUCCUGUAGAGGACAGCAGCUCUCUCCAAGGGAAACCUGAUUUCCCAUCCAGUGGAGAAUUGUGUGAGGGACCCAGCUCUGCUGCUGACACAUUUAGAGUUUAGCCUGCUUUACCACAACCAGGAAAAUGUCGGGGUCCUACGAUGAAGCUACUGCUGACGACGCUAUGGACAGCUUUUGGGAGGUGGGAAACUACAAGCGCGCCGUUAAGCGGAUUGACGACGGCCACCGGCUCUGCAAUGACCUCAUGGGCUGCCUUCAGGAACGUGCCAAGAUUGAGAAGGCCUAUGGUGACCAGCUGACCGCCUGGUCCAAGAGAUGGAGACAGCUGAUCGAGAAAGGACCCCAGUAUGGCACCGUGGAGAGGGCGUGGCUGGGUGUGAUGACCGAGGCUGAGAAGGUGAGUGAGCUGCACCAGGAGGUGAAGAACGGCCUGCUCAACGAAGACCUGGAGAAGGUCAAGAACUGGCAGAAGGAGGCCUACCACAAGCAGAUGAUCGGAGGCUUCAAGGAGGCCAAAGAGGCCGACGAGGGCUUCAAGAAGGCCCAGAAACCAUGGGCCAAGAAGCUCAAAGAGAUGGAGACUGCUAAGAAAACAUACCACAUGGCGUGUAAGGAGGAGAAACUGGCCGCCACCCGAGAGGCAGACGGGAAGACACAGGCCUCCGUCACAACUGAUCAGCAGAAGAAACUCCACGAGAAAACAGACAAGUGCAAACAUGACAUGCAGAAGGCUAAGGAGAAGUAUGAGAAGUCUCUGUCGGAGUUGAGUGCGGUCACUCCCCCAUACCAGGAGAGCAUGGAGCAAGUGUUUGACCAGUGCCAGCAGCAUGAGGUCAAGAGACUCACCUUCCUUAAAGAGAUCCUGCUGGACAUUAAACGCCACCUCAAUCUCACUGAGAACCAAAGCUAUGGCACGGUAUACAGAGAACUGGAGCGCACCAUCCUGGCUGCCAACACACAGGAGGACCUGCAGUGGUUCAGCAACCACCAUGGCCCUGGCAUGCAUAUGAACUGGCCCAUGUUUGAGGACUAUAACCCAGAUGCCGCUGCUGUUGUUAAGAGGGAGAAGGUGCAGAAGCCGGCUGGGGCCCCACCGACCCCCAGCACUGACCACGUCGCACCGCCUGGAGACCGCGGCAGCAUCAGCGCUGAUCAUGUGGCACUGCCUGGUGACCGUGGCAGUGUGAGCAGCUAUGAAAAGAACCAGGCCUACUCCACUGAUUGGUCCGAUGAUGAGGCGCCUGCAGCUCAUUCAGGCGGUGAGACCAAUGGGGGUGGGAAUGAAAACUCCUUUGAGGAAGACUCUAGCAGCGCCGGAAAAGGGGGUGCUGGGACCGGGACCGCUUCUGGGGUCCGGGUGCGUGCUCUGUAUGAUUAUGACGGACAGGAACAAGAUGAGCUCACCUUCAAAGCUGGUGAUGAACUGACCAAGACUGAGGAUGAAGAUGACCAAGGCUGGUGUCGAGGUCGCCUGGAUACAGGCCGAGAGGGACUGUACCCGGCCAAUUACGUCGAGGAGAUUUAAUGACCCCAGAGGAGGAGGGUAUGCCAUUGGAGGCAGCUCGGACUGUCCCAUCCAAUGGCACUGCACAGAGCCAGAGACUUAUGAACAACACAUCCCUUACCCAACAGAUGCGCCAAGCAGUCUUGACUAAAUAUAAUCUUAGUAACGUAAGAAAAGACAAUAUAUCAAUAUUAUAUUCAUCCAGUAUUUGAGGUGGGGAGGACUUAAACACUAAAACAGGAGCAGCAUUUAUUCCAGUCUACACAAACUCAAACAUAACAUUGAGCCAAUGCAGGGACACAUUUUGCAUAUCUGUGCUGUGUUUGAUAUAAAGAUCAUGCAGCUGAUGUAAAAUACAUUUGCACUACAUUCUCCUAUAACAGUGUGACAAUAAUGUAACCAAUUAUACCUACCUACCCGUUUAACCAGAACAAGCUACUCAGCCUGCAUUGUGUGUAUAUGGUGCCAUUUUGUGUAGCAUUUUCAAUGCUAUGUGUUCAGUCCUCAUGUUUACAUUGGGAAUGCUGUGUAUUGUUAAAAGUACCACAAAAUGUACCAUAGAUUUUAUUUUUUGUGAUUUGGUCUAAUCCCUUUUACCAGUGUGUGCAUUGCUACACUAAGUGUUUAUCUCCAAAUGUGCUAUGCAACAGGCUUUCCCUAAACCUCCAAGCCAUAUUAAGGCUACAAGAUGCAACAAAUCCGCUGAUAUGAAAACCAAUGCAGAGGAUCAGAGUUCACCAUUAGACACAGAAACAGCAUUGUGUCUGACUUCAUAAACGGAAGUGGAGUUGGUGUAUAUACCUUUUUCUCUCUUCCCAUCACCACCCUUAAAUCAUAACAUCUCAUUUCAAUUCAUUGCAGGGUAUAUCUACAAUACCUGUUAAUUGCAGGGUAUAUCUACAAUACCUGUUAAUUGCAGGGUAUAUCUACAAUACCUGUUAAUUGCAGGGUAUAUCUACAAUACCUGUUCAUUUCAAUUCAUUGGAGGUAUUAUCUAGAAUACCUGUGAGGGGAAUUCUGUAUUUUUGGGGUCAGUGGGCAUGAUAUUAUCACCAGUUUGCUUUUAUUUUAUCUGUCAAUGGUAACUAGAAAGGUUUGAUUGUUCAGGUGACGUAAUCAGGCAUAUUAACUUUAAAUGUAGAUGUUUUAAGGAUAUAAAAUGAGAAUGUGGACAUGAAUGUAGUUGUAGGGGCCUGGAUGGAGACAUGCUGUUUUUAACUAGACAUGUUGUAUUCCACUGUCAUGGAGAACCCUACAAAGCAAAAAGCACUUAUGAACCCAUUCUCCUAGGGGCCCAAUUCUGACUUAGGAGUGUACGCCCUUUCCUACACAUGCCUUUCCUACUGCACUUCUCAGUAGUUGGUAUUCAGACUUACCUUAUGAAGGUGCCUAACAUUCUUUGCAGGCGUGGUUCCCUUGUGCGUGCUGAAUGCAUUUCAUUAAACAGCUAAUAAACCCUCCCACUUGCUGGCCAACA